AUGGACACUAAACUUCCAGUAUUCGAGCACACUGCGAUCGAGCAGAUCAGAGGCAUCCACUCGCGUAUCCACGACAGCUUCCACUCACAAAAAACGAAGCCGUUGAGCUGGCGCGUAACACAGCUCCGUAAGCUAUGGUGGGCCAUCAAGGAUAGAGAGCAGCAGCUCGGUGAAGCUUUGCAGCGCGAUUUGGGGAGACCUUUCUAUGAGGCUUAUCUGACUGAAAUCGGAUGGGUGUUGAACGAUAUCAUCUUCACAAUCAACAAUAUUGAGAAGUGGGCCAAGGAGGAGGCUGCUGGCGAUGUACCGCUUACCUUUAUGCCUAUGCGACCGCGUGUUCGCAAGGAGCCACUGGGUGUUCUGUCGCUCGGCCCCUUGAUCGGAGCAAUUGCUGCUGGAUGUACCGCCGUUCUCAAGCCCUCGGAAAGUUCGCCCUACACCGCCGCCCUCCUCAAAGAAGCCAUGGAAGCUUCCCUCGACCCCUCGGCUUUCAUCUGCGUCCAGGGUGCUGUCCCUGAGAGCAGCGCAUUGCUGGAGCUUAAGUGGGAUAAGAUCUUCUACACCGGUUCUGCUACCGUCGGAACCAUAAUCGCAAAGAAAGGAGCUGAGACGUUGACCCCUGUUACACUCGAGCUUGGCGGUCGCAACCCUGCCAUCAUCACAAAGAACGCCGACCCUCGCCUUGCUGCCAGACGCCUCCUUUGGGCCAAGGGUCUGAACGCAGGCCAGGUAUGCGUGAGUCAAAACUAUAUCUUGGUCGACAAGGAUGUCUUGCCCUUCUUGGUCAAGGAGCUCAAGACUGCCAUCAAGGAGUUCUACCCCGAAGGUCCCAAGGCAAGCAAAGACUUUGGACGCAUCGUCAACAGCCGUCAGUUUGAGCGUCUGAAGAAGAUGCUCGACUCCAGCAAGGGUGAAAUCCUAUAUGGCGGAGAGAUGGAUGCAGAGACUAACUACAUUUCUCCUACUAUUGUGCGUGUUACAUCUACUUCUGACUCCCUUGUCGUUGAUGAGUCGUUUGGACCUUUCAUCCCUCUCCUGGCAGUUGACAACCUCGACGAAGCGAUUCGCAUUGCCAAUGAAGUCCAUAGCACACCACUGGGUCUCUAUGCUUUCGGCAGUAAAGCCGAUACUACUCGCAUUCUGUCCGAGACUCGUAGUGGCGGCGCCAGUAUCAACGACGGUUUCACUCACGCUUCCCUGCCUACCGUCGAAUUUGGUGGUGUUGGCGACAGUGGUGCUGGUUGCUACCGCGGCAAAGCUUCUUUCGACUGCUUUACCCACCGUCGCAUCGUUACAAAUACUCCUGCGUGGAUGGAGAGCUUGCUGAGUGUCAGAUACCCACCCUACAAGGGUAAGUUGUCGCAACUGAAGAUGAUGAACGACUUUGCGCCCAACUUCAAUCGUGAGGGCACAGUCAUCACUUUUGGUCUAAUAGGCAAGCUGCUCGCGCUGGGCGGCGCUAGUCUGGGACAAGCAACACCUACUGAGGAGGAGUACGAGCCACUCAGAGAGCUGGAAGUGCUAUACGCUGCAGCUGAUAGGACGCUGGACAACGUUAUCGAAGAUGAACUCAGAGCGGUGAUUGAAUCUGUCGUUGAGGUCACCAUACUCGUGACAGUGCCGGGCGUUGGAGGAAGGUACAUCGUUCCCGAGGACACAAUCAAAGUACUUGCAGUCGAUGUGGUCUGGAUGGGCAUGACUGCCGAAGACGAAUUGGAGCUGCUGGCAAUGGAAAAGAACAGAGAACUGCUGCUAGCCACAGAAGAUAGAAUCGUACUGCUGAUAAUCGAGGAAGUACCACUGCUAGGUAGUGUCGACGCAGAUGCACUGCUGGAGGAAGUUAUAUCUCUGAUUGUCAUUGUCGUCGCAGUUGUUGGCGUCAUAGCCGUGGUUGGUGUCGCCGCGGUAGUUGGAGUGGUCCCAGUUGUCGGCGUGAUCGCUGUUGUAGUUGUCGUGGCCAUGGUAGAACUGGUUGCUGUCUUUGUUGUGGUCGCUGUCGUUGGGGUGGUUGCCUUUGUAAGAGUUGUUCCCUUUGUCAAUGUGGUUACCAUCGUUGGCGUGGUGGCUGUCGUGGGUGUCGCCAAAACUGAGCUCAGCGAAGAUCCAUCAGAACUCACGCCGCUCGACAUCGAGGAACUGCUCGAAGAUGAUGCGCUAGAUGAAGAGGAGCUGUUGGAACUGCUGGAACUGCUGGAACUGCUGGAACUGCUGGAACUGCUCAGUGAAACAGAUAAAACGCUUGAUGAGCUGGAUGCAGCAGCGCAGGCAAGAUCCGCCAGUGAUGAUACGGAGGACGACACAGACGACGAAACGCUCGAACUACUAGAUGAGAAUACGCUAGAUGACGAAGAUGAUGAUAGCGAGGAGCUCACACUUGAACUAGUGCUGCUUACUGAGGAGGCGGAUAUCGAAGCUGCAGCCCAAGCCAUGUCUGCUGAAGACGAUAUAUCUGAAGACACCGACGAGGAAACGCUGGAACUGCUUGAAGAAGAAAAAACUUGA